AUGGAUGAUUCAAUUGAUUGCAAUAAAUAUUUCUCUAAAUUGGAUACUUAGGAAUCACAAACUAUUUUUAGUGGAGAUGUAGAUUAUUUUUAGGAUUCUAAAGAAGUCUAAAUUAAUUUGAAAUAUACCGAUGUUCUCUUUGAAGACCAACUUUAUUUUGGGUUAGUUUAAGAAGAUGGAAGACAUCAGAAACAACAUGUCUUAAGCUUCAUAUAUUAAUAUGCUAUAUUGACAAUAAAUGCCAUUAUCCUGAAUUAACAUAUGAUUGAAAAAUAAUAUCAUCAAAUACUUCCUAAUAGAGAUAAUAUUCAUUCAAAAUACCAAUUUCAUAAUUAGAUAAGUCUAGCGAGGCUAAUAAUAUUAGUUAUUCUCACUUUUUAAUAAUUUUUGAAUCAACUAAUUAAGUAUCUUUUAAAUAUGAAUUCAUCUUUGAUAUUUCCAUUACUUUAAAUAAUUAUACAGACUACAACUGCAAUAACAGCUUAAUAAAUAGACUAAUAUUCCUUAAGAUUGUGCUCUGAUCUAAAAUGUUCGAAAUUUUUGAAAGAUAUUUCAAACUUGGACUCAAACGAUUUAUUUGUUCUUGAACUAAGUCAUUCAAGUAAAUCUACAUUUUUUACUAAUAUUGAAGUCUUUUUUAUUGGCAAAGGAUUUAAUAAAACUGUAACACCAGUUUAAGUCAUUAAUAGUUUUACAAAUUAGGCUAUUAUUUAAUUAAAAACCGAAAUAGUUUGGAAAGGAAUGAAAAUUUAAUUUAAAAAUCAACUGAUUAAAUUACACUAAAAACUGAUGAAAGAUUAAUGUGCAACAGGUUAAUAAGAAUGCUAAAUUAAUGGAAUUGCUCAGGAGGAAUGCGGGGUAUACGAUAGGUAAGGAUUCUUAGCAUCUGUACAUAUGACAUCAUAGAAAUUAUAAUUUUAAUGA